CCAGCCAAUGAGCGCUCAGGAGGGGCGGACCGAUGACGCAAAGGCAACAGGUUGUUUCGGGAAAAAACGCACUGACAGUUUUGCAUGGACUAUUCAUCCUUGUUCUCAACUAAGAGUUUUAAAUAGCGACUAAAUCUUGAAAGGGCUUUUUUAUUUAUUUUGUGCCUUCUGAAGGUCAUUGUUGAAGGUUUCAGAAAACAGCAGGUCACAAUGAGUUCCCUCUCAGCAGACAGGAAGCCCCCUCUGGACUACGGCGUACAGAUCCGGUUCAUCAAAGAUUUGGACGAUGCUGGCGGAGGGUUCCCAGACAGAAGUCGAAUGGCUGGUGGAGUUGGCGUCACCAACGGGACUCUUUCGCCAUCUAAGUAUGGAGUAGCUGUGCGGGUGCAAGGCAUUUCAGGACAGCCGUACGUGGUGCUCAAAGAUGGAGAAAAGGGGGACUCUUACGGGGUACAGCUGAAGACUCAACCACAAAUUCAGAGCUCAGCCCCUGUUGUCUCUCAGACUUCGCCGUACAGCACCCUGUUUCUGGGACAAAGGGAAGGGGCUCGAACUCCCCAGGGUUCCUAUACUCCUGCUGAACAACCUAGCUCUCCUGAUGAGGAAUUUGGUAGCCCUUUGAGGAGGCCACCUGGUGAUGGACAGGCAGGGAUUCAAGGAGAAGCUGAGACGAGGACUACAGGACGCCUUACCCCUUCUGCUCUUGCUCCCAAGGUGGACAAAACGGACAACGAUGGCUUUAAUGAAGCAGGGCUUAGGAAGGUCAAGCAGAAUGGGAGUGGGAGUAGUCUGAAUGGAACGGGGCUAAAUGGAUCAUUCCCUAGUCUCCCAUCCCCAUUGGAUGAGGACAAGGCCCCAGCUAUAGACACAAAGUCACUGGCUCCCAUUAAUAAACUCAUUAGCCGGUUUGGUGGUGGUGGUUUUGGCGAUGCUCCCAUCUCAGAAUCCCGAACUCAGCCUCGUCUUGACAACAGACUUCGGUCUCACAGCGUGGAUGCCCUCAACAAACCUAUUGAUGAAGCCCCACCAACUUCUCCAACAAUAAACCCCUAUGCUUCUAUUACCCCAGUUGCAGUGCCCAAACUCAGCUCACCAAAACCAUCAACCAGCAGUCUAGGACGAGACUCCACAUCUGUGGCUAAAGUGGCUGCUAUACCCAAUUCCAAACCUCUCACUUUUAGCCAAUCACCAAAGCUGUUUGUGCCCAAGGAGGCACCACCUGCUAUUCCAAAGAAACCAGUAACCCCUGACCUCAUAAAGAGCCAGACCACCAGUACAGAGAAUGGAAAUGGGGAGGAUGCCCAGACUAAACAAGCCAUUUACAACAUACUCAAAGAGGGGUCUAUUGAGAGCGAGGCGGCCAUCAAGCGCAAAACCAGUCUCAUUCAUGAAAGAUUCUGUGAGGUGAAGGGUCCUCAGAUCUUAGUGAAUGACAGCAAUAUGAAGACUGAACUGGAGCAGGAAAUUAAUAAGAAUGCGCAAUUACAGCAAAUACUGGACAAGACCAAGAGAGAACUGCAGGAAAACCAGGAUCAAAUGGUGGAGCUGCGGAUGGAUCGGGAGUUGGUGGAGUCUCGCUUACGGCAACAGGAGGAUCAGCUUGCUCACCUCCAGGAAGAACUCAGACGAAUGUCGGAAAACUCUCCUCAGUCUGACACAAUGCAGCUAGACUUGAUGACGGCGCAAGCAGAGCUGUCAGAGUCUCUGAUGCUGAGGCAGAAACUGGAGGACACACUGAGACAGAGGGAGCGAGAGCUCACCGCCCUGAAAGGGGCCCUGAAGGAUGAGGUGGAGUCCCAUGAUAAAGAGAUGGAGUCUCUGAGAGAGGAGUACAGUCAAGACAUGGAUGCCCUGCGUCACAGCAUGGAGACCGUCUCACAGUCUCAGAUGGAAAUCGAGGAGGAGCGUCAGAAGGUGAACGCCUCCAUCAUGGCUCUGGAGCAGGAGCUGGAGGGAUACAAAGAGCAGAGCGAACAAUGGAAGGAGCAGUGCAGCUCUGCUAACCGAGAACGAGGGCAGUGCAGCGCAUUUCAAAAGCUGAUGCAGGCUCAGCAUGAGAAGAAACAACUAGAAGAGAAGCUGCUUUCAGUUAAGAAGCAAACUGAUGAAACCGAUUCAAACCCUUUAAUGAAGGAGUUACAGCAGUGCCGAGAUGAUUUAAAACAAGCUUAUUCACAAGUGGAAAAACAGAAAGCAGAGGCAGCAAAAAAGGAAGAAGAGCUUAAAUCGGUAACCAGAGCCAAUGAGAAGCAAGAGAAGGAGCUGAAAGCAGAGAUUGACGGAUUAAAAGACCAAUUGAAGAAAGACAAAGAGGAACUUGCAAAAGCACUGGAGAAAACACAACAGCCCUUCAUGUCAGAGCAAUCUCUGGAUACUGGAAGCAAUCUAGAACUUCAAGAGGCCAAUGCUCGCUUGAGAGAGAGAAUAGCCCGCAUGACGCUCCUGCAGUCCAGUGUUCCUGACAGCAGCUCCUCAGAUGUUCUGGAGGAGGAGAACCGCAGCCUGAGGAACCAGCUGGAUGAGUCCCGUCGCACGGUGUCUCGGCUGGGUCAGGAGAAAGACGAGCUCAACAGACGGUUGGAGGAGAGGGAGAGGGAGAGGGAAGCUCUGAGACGCGGCAAGAUCGACAUAGAGGAGCAGAAGAGACUGCUGGACCGAUCUCUGGAGAAGAUUAAUAAGGAGAUGGAAAGUAUGAUGGGAGAGUCGCGUCAGUCGGUGACGGUUCUUCAGUCUCAGCUGGAUGAAUUCAGGGAUCGUUCUCGUCGAGAGCUGCAGGACGCUCAGAGAGUCAGUAAAGACAGGCUGAUUGAGUCACAGAGAGCGCAGGCCCUCCUCAAGACCACCCAAGAAGAGGUGUCUCGUCUGAAGAAAGAUCUGCUGACGUGCUCGGAGGAGAGGGACAGCGCUCAGCUGGAUAAAGAUCUACUGAGCAGUCGUCUGAAACACCUGGAGGAUGAGCUGGAGAAGGAGAGGAGCUCACAGACGGACCGUAGCAGAGAGAUCCGCCUGAUAGAGGACAAAGUGAAGAUAUUAGAGAUCGAGUUGGACGAGGAGAAGAGUGGAACGGAGCUACUGAACGAACGCAUCACUCGCAGUCGAGAGCAGGUGGAUCAGCUCCGUUCUGAACUGAUGCAAGAGCGCUCAGCCCGACAUGAUCUUGAGAUGGAUAAGAGUGCACUGGAGAGACAGAUGAAGGAGUUAAAGUCUCGUAUAGCUGAUAUGGGCACUCAGGUUCGUCCCUCUGCCGGGGUCACGAUGCUAGAACACAAAGUUCAGGAGCUGGAGGACCGUUUGCGCAGUGAAGAGAGAGAGAAAAACACCAUUCUAGCGGCUCAGAGAAGAUUGGACAGGAAACUUAAGGACGUGACGGCCAUCCUGGAUCAGGAGCGAAAUCAACACGCUGAACAGAGAGACCAGCUGUCCCUGCGGGUGAAGGCUCUGAAGCGUCAGGUUGACGAGAGCGAGGGGGAGGUGGAGCGUCUGGAGGGCGUCAGACGGAAGGUUCUGCGGGAUCUUGAGGAGCAGCGGGAGCUACAGGAGGCGCAGCAGGCCAAAAUCAACACACUGGAGAACGAGCUCAAGAGGAAGGUUCAGCAAUCACGCCGCCCAACUCUGGGAAGCACCUUGAGUUCUGAGGAAGAGGACAGUUACUCUGACUCAAGAAACAUCACAUCUAUUCUCACUGAAACGCCACUUCUGACCACCAACUGUUAAAGACUGAACGAGAAGGUGGGGAUAUAUUUUGCACAUGCUUGAUUUGUGUUUUCUUAACAAAGAAACAUGAAAUAUUGAAACAUGAAGAAUACGAUAGAAUUCAACAGUCUGAAAAAGCUGUUGUGGACAGCUAGCCUUUUCAACAGGAAGUGAUGUCAGGUGUCUUUGAAGGGUUUGACAGGUGUGAGGGCCUAAUAAAACAGUUCAUGUAAAGACUUGUCAACCAAAAGCUCCUUUAGUAUUGUUAUUGCUGAAACUGGUUGAUUCUGAAGGAAAUUAGCUUUUUGUUCUUGCUUUUGUGUUUGUGAAUGUCAUGUUGAUUGUUUGUGACACACAAUACAUUUUAUUUCUCUGUUUUAUUUUGAUAAAAUAUGGUUUGGAUUGAGGAUUUUUAACAUUUCUUAAUCAUAUUACCAAAAUUUCAAGUGGUAAUAGAAAAAGUAUGAAUGAAGAAUUUUAUCUUUAUACAUGAUGGAUAGCCUACUUAAGCUCAAAAUUAGACAGACGAAAUUUCAAAUGAACCUGUCGCAAGUGUUUGCCUAUAAUUUUUAAAUUUAAGCACUUGUAUGAAUAAUAAUGAAAGAUAUUUAGAAGGCUUCUUUUUGUGUAGCUUUCAAGCAAGUUUUAAUUUCCGAACUAAACUUGUAAUGUGAAUGACACCUUUUGUGCCAAGACAGAAAAAGGAAAAUAUCUUUUAAUGCAAUGGCUUAGAAUAUAUAUUUGCCUUAAAUCUUCAUACAUUUAGACAGCUCAUUAAAAUUAAGCUGCUUUUUUGUCAUUUUACCAGAGACAUUUAUGUAUUUACCUGUCAGAUAACAAGUGAUUUUCUUCUCUUAAAGACCUGAUUUGGAACACAAUUUCAUAUUACACUGUACAAUUUAUAUAUGUAUAUACUGUCCUGUUUAAAGUUUAUUAUUCCACUAAAAGUUUUAAAGUACUUGAGUUUUUUUUCUCUCUCUCUCUUUGUGUUACUGAAUUAAAUAAACAGAAAAUUAAUAAAAAUGUAAGUAUUAGGUUGUGCUUAAAAUAUAGGUUUAUCCUUCAAGUGAAUUACUAUUAUUAUUUUUUUGUCAUUUAGGAUUACAGUGUUUGGUGUAAAGACAAAUUUUGCAGAUUUUAAUACAAGUGCAUUUUAUUACAACUCAAUAAAUCAUGAACUGUGUGUACACGCA